AUGGCGGUAGCAACGACGAGCUCAUCUCCAUCCGUGGCCUCCAUCGCCACUGAUUCUCUAAAGCAACUGGAACGAGAGAGCGACCGCCCACCUGCACAAAGCGCGGAAGAUGGACACCAGCCUGUGGCCACGGCGCUCCUCUCAGGUGCGACGCGGUGGGACCGGAUGAUGUCUGUGUCCCCUAUCCAGAUCGUCCGCAUCCUCAAGAUAUACGGCAUGAAGGAACACAAGGGGCACGUCCACGAGGAAGCGGGGAAGGACGUGCGCGGAGCACUGCAUGCUGUAGGCGCGGUCGCCAAGGUCGCGAAGGGCGAAAUGUGGAAGGAGUUGGUGAAUGCCGGGAUUGUCUUUGCGCUCAAAGCGCAGGGUGUUUCGUAUGUGUAUCCGUUGGAGAUCCUGCGGGACGCCCUCGCUACGUGUGCCGUGCCCCCUAAGGAUACGGAGAAGAAGAUGGUCGAGGACCUGAAGAGGCAUUGGUCGUCGAUCAUGCAACAUGUAUGGAGUGAACGGCGCGCUACCGAGUCUCAGAGUGAUGCGCAAGUCGCCGCGCAAAUCACUGGACGGUCUAUAUUCAUGGAUCCGUCGUUAUUCAACAUCAUCUUCGAGCCCACGGACCUCACGCUCGCGAUCAUCUUUCGCGACUGGAUGCAGUCAAACUCCGCGCGCGAUUCCAGAGCAAACCUCACAAUCUUGCUCCCCCUCUUUUCCAAGCGCUUCCCGCCGCGCUGGAAUACGCACCUCGCGCGGCACCCUCCGCCCCCACCGAAGAAGCUCCUUGAGCGAAUCCUCCUUGGCUUAACCAAACACACGCCCGCCUCUCACUCCAAGCAGAACACCAAACGCGCGCCGCCUCCGCCCAAUCUCAAGCAUGUCAACCCUGCGACUCACUCCGCCACAGUUGCCGCGACCGCCGCGCUCUCCGCGUUCGCCGAGCAUCUUGCCGAGUUCACCGAGCAGGUGCUGGCCGACGCGCGCGUCGAGUACGACUUCUUCCACGCGCUCUUCCGGGCCGCGCGGGCGCGGGGAGACGGCGACGGCGUGGGGCGGGCCUUUGUGCGCGCGACGUUCAAGUCGACGCCCUUCUGGGCGGCGAACGCGAACGUCAUGCGCCGCGCCGCGGACGCCUUCCGGGGUGCAGAGAGCGACGGACGUGCGCGUGCGGAGGACGUGUUCGUCAGCGCGCUGACCACACACUCGGCCAUGCUGGAUGGGGUGGACGACGAUGGGUUCGACGUCCUGCUGGGCACUUGGCUCGAGGGCGGGCUCCUGGAUGUGCUCGACGACGCGAUGGACGUCGUCAUGCAAGUGGCUCGCGGGACGGGCGUGCUCGUGGGCAUCCUCGGCGCGCUCUCGACCCACCUGCCGUCUCUCUCGCCCGCGACCCGCGCGGCGUUCCGCACGCACUUGCCCCGCCCACAUAUGUCAGAAGCUCUCCGGGGCGCGGCGGACUCGGACCCGACGGCGGAACGGGGCGCAGGCCCAGUGUUGGACACGCUCGAACUCAGUUUGCUGCGGUCACACCCGCACCCCGAUUCGAUUUGA